GACAAGCAUGAGCAUCCAACAUUUUUUCGCACUGUACCCAGUGACUUUUUUCAAGCCAGAGCUUUAGCUCAGCUUGUAAAGCACUUUGGAUGGACUUGGAUUGCAACUAUUCAAGGCGAUAAUGAGUAUGGCAGGAUGGGGGUUCAAGAGUUUACCAAAGAAGUUAAAAAAUAUGGCGUCUGUGUAGCCUUUUCUGAAAAAGUUUUAAGAACCUACCCAUACAGUCAAAUACUUAAAAUAGUAGAGACUAUUAAACGUUCGACAGUGAAAGUCAUUCUUGCAUUUGCUUCUGAGGGUGACCUGUACCCGUUGAUGCAGGAAAUCGUACGACAAAACAUAACCGGUAUACAGUGGAUAGCAAGUGAAGCAUGGAUAACUGCAGCAAGACCAUCCACGAAGGAAAAUUUUAAAUCGUUUGGAGGCGCAAUAGGAUUUGUGAGUCGCGAAAUGGCGAUCCCAGAGCUCAAAGAGUUUCUUUUGAACAUACGACCUUCUCUGGAUUCUGGAAACAGCUUUGUAACUGGAUUUUGGGAAACUAUUUUUCAAUGUACUCUGCAUUUAACUGAAGAUAAUUCAAACCAAACGUUUUCUGAAACGAACUCUGAGAUAUGCACAGGGCAAGAACGAUUAGACCAAAUAAACAACGCAUUUUUUGAUGUUACAAAAUUAAGGGUCGCUUAUAAUGUUUACAAAGCUGUAUAUGCCAUAGCGCAUGCUCUUCAGGACUUAAUCUUCUGUCAAAAAGGCGAAGGUUAUAGCUUUAAACUCUGUGAAAAUAUUUCGAACAUACAGCCAUGGCAGGUCUAUGAACACCUGCAAAAAAUAAAAUUUAAAAACCGUUUUGGUGAAAUUGUAUACUUUGAUGAAAACGGGGAUCCUGCUGCAGCCUAUGACAUUAUAAAUUGGCACCUCAAAAAUGGAAUAGUUGAUCAUGUGCCAGUUGGCUAUUUUGAUGCAUCCUCUGAUACAGGAACUAAACUUGUAAUUAAUGAAGAUAGCAUUAUCUGGAAUAGUGGGAAAAUGGUUCCAAAAUCAGUGUGCACAGAAAGUUGUCUUCCUGGUACAAGAAAAGCAAUAAGAACAGGACAACCUAUCUGCUGUUUUGACUGCAUUCCAUGUGCUGAUGGUAAUAUAAGUAAUGAAACAGACUCAGUAGAAUGUAUGAAGUGCCCAGAGGAGUACUGGUCUAAUGCAAAAAAAGAUAAAUGCAUACCCAAAGAAAUUGAAUUUCUUUCCUUCAGUGAAGCCUUUGGGAUUACGCUAACUACAGUGGCACUGAUGGGACUAUGCUUCACAAUAGCCACCGCAACAGUCAUCAUUUACAAUAAAAACACACCAAUUGUAAAAGCUAACAACAUCGAACUAAGCUGUCUGUUACUGUUUUCCUUGGUUCUUUGCUUUCUCUGUUCCCUUACCUUUAUUGGUGAGCCAGUGGUCUGGACCUGCAUGCUGCGACACACAUUCUUUGGAAUAGCAUUUGCUCUUAGCAUUUCCUGUGUGCUGGGAAAAACAAUAGUUGUGGUUACAGCAUUUAAAGCUACUCUUCCAAAUAGUAAUAUGGCAAAACUAUUUGGACCAGUGCAACAGCAAAUUAUUGUUUUUGCAUGCACAGCAGUUCAAAUAAUUAUUUGUGCUUUGUGGCUUAAUUUAUCACCUCCUUUUCCAGUAAAAAAUCUAAAACAUGAUAAAGAAAAGAUUAUUUUAGAGUGUAACAUAGGGUCAGCAAUAGGAUACUCCUUAGUAUUAGGCUAUAUUGGUAUGUUGUCUUGUAUAUGUUUUGUAUUGGCAUUCUUGGCUAGAAAGCUUCCAGACAACUUUAAUGAAGCCAAAUACAUUACUUUUAGCAUGCUAAUCUUCUGUGCAGUUUGGUUAACCUUCAUACCAGCAUAUGUUAGUUCACCUGGAAAAUACACAGUGGCUGUUGAAAUUUUUGCAAUUUUGUCCUCAUCGUUUGGUCUGCUUGUUUGUAUAUUUGUUCCUAAGUGUUAUAUUAUCUUGCUAAAACCUGAGAAAAAUACAAGACAAUACAUAAUGGGGAAAAUGCCUUCCAAACGCCUGUGAUUUUAAUUACAGCUAAGACUGUUAUGACAAUUUAGUUUUGAGAUAUUUUGCCCUUCACUCACUUUAAACUCCUUUGGCAUGUAUAAAAAAAAAUCUAUUUCACUCAUUAAUAUACAUUUAACAUUUCUUUUUUCCCCCCAAAUAUAUAUAGAUUUGUAUGCUUG